AUGGCAGAGUCUCAGAUUGGAAACACCCCAGAGGUCCAGUACAAAUGGCGCCACGGCCGUCGCUACCACGCCUACCGGGAGGGGCAGUACAACUUUCCCAACGACGACGAGGAGCAGGAUUGCCUGGACAUGUGUCACCAUGUCUUCUACCGCCUCACCAAUGACAGGCUGUUCAUGGCGCCCAUCGACCCCAGUGGAAAACGCAUCCUCGAUAUUGGGACCGGAACCGGGAUCUGGCCGAUCCAGCUGGGGGACGAUCCCAUACAACCAGAGUGGGCCCCGCCCAACGUCAAGUUCCUCGUGGACGACGUCGAGCUGGACUGGGCGGAGCCCGAGCCGUACGACCAUAUCCACUGCAAAUAUAUGGCCGGGUCCAUCAAGGACUGGCCACGACUUGUGCAGCAGAUCUACGAUAAUUUGAAGCCUGGUGGUUGGGUCGAGUUCCAAGAAGCUGAGAACACCUUGCUCUCCGAGGACGGCUCCCUGAAACCCUACAAUGCGAUGGUGGUCAUGAUGGAGGGCCUCAAGGACGCAUGCAACAAGAUCGGCCGCACUAUGGAUCCUGCCCCUUCUUUCAGGGGGUGGGUCGAGGGGGCCAGUUUCGAGAACGUCAACUCGCAGAUCUUUAAGCUUCCCGUAGGUAGCUGGGCGAAGGAUCCGAUGCUGAAAGAGUGCGGCACGCUGAUGCGAAUCAACUUUCUUGAUGGAGUCGAAGGCUUUACCGCCGCUCUAUUUAGGGACGUCUUACUGUGGAGCCAGGAAGAGGUGUCUGUUCUCAACGCCCAAGUGUGGACCGCAGUGAGGGAUAGGGAUAUUCACCCUCUGUUCAAUGUUCAUGUUGUCACCGGGCAGAAGCCGUCCUAA